AUGGAAAGUCUUCCGCGUGAGAUCAUGCUCAACAUACUUUCUAGACUACCCACACCAUCCCUACUUAAUCCUAAGCUUGUUAGUCGAUUAUGGCAGAACUUAGCUGAAGACCCAUUUCUUAUUGAUCUCCGUUUCACCCAUAUGUCUGCAAAUAAUACUAAUCCAUGUCUUAUCUUACAUGGUGACCAUCCCAUUCAAAACCAGCUCUAUGCUCUAUACUUUUGUCCUAACAACAGCAAUGCUGGGUUGGCGAAAAGAAUUUCUUUGCCUCCAAUGCUUCAUUUUGACAUCGCAGCCUCUUGCAAUGGUUGGUUAUGCUUAUCUAAUUCUUCACAGAGUACAUUUCAUUUGUACAAUCCUUUCACCAUUGACUUCUUGGAGCUGCCUAAGUCCACUUAUCAGAAUGCAGAUGUCUGCACAGUACUUGGAUUUGGGAUCCAGGCGGAGACCAAGGAGUAUAAUGUUCUAAAGAUUUCCCAUAUUAUUGGGAGUGUUAGAGGCCGUCGAUUUUGUGGAUAUCCAAAAAGCUGA